UGAUUUUUUAGCAGACAGUCAAGCGCUUGUUGAAAGUUUUCCAUGGCUCACGGUGGUGGACGAUAAGAACCAAGAUCUUCUUAAAUGUAAGGUUGCUCGUAUAUGGCUGAAAAAUGACAAUGGAAUUUGAUGAACUAGUGACGAGGAGCAACUCCAGAAAUGACAAGUGUUCCUUGCUCUACCGGAAACUUCUCUACCUCAUCAUGCUCUUCAUUCUGGUGGGGGGUAUGGUAAUCCUGUUUAUUGGUAUCUGGACACACGAGGUGAACUACGGCAGCCGUACAGUGAGCACACUCCUUGACGCGGCCCUGUACCAGGUGGACUCUGUGAUCAUGAUUGUGUGUGGCUCCAUCACCAUCUUCAUCAUGAUCAUAGGCCUCCUGGGAGUCUUUAUACCACAGAAAUGUCUUCUGGGCUUUCAUUUAUCAAUUAUGACGUUUACAGCUUUUGGCCUGUGCGCAGCGGGAAUUCUUGGCUAUGUCUUUAUAGGAGAGAUCGAAGUUUCUGUGAAACGGGGUCUGGAGGAUAGUGUGCGAGAGAAAUAUGGACUGCCUAUUUAUCCCUACAUCACUGAACACUGGGAUGAUAUACAGACUAGUUUUGCAUGCUGUGGAGCCUCGGGUAACAUCACGUCCCACAAGUCCUGGUUCCUCUACCAGGGAGAGAGCUUCUGGUACAAGGACAAGUACUCAAAUGGAAGCCUGGUACCAGACAGCUGCUGUGAUAAGAAGUCUGACCUGGUCUUGUGCACAGGCCGUCUCGACCCAAACAACACCAACUCGACCCAGUACGAGAACUGGGCCCCAUAUGGUGAUCCCAACAAGGUGGAUCCUGUGAACACGUAUAACUACACCAUCUAUACGGACGGAUGCUAUGACAAACUGAGGGAUUACCUGAAGCAGAAUGGAAUCCUCAUUGGAACUGCUGCCAUAAUUGUGGCUGUGUUCAUGAUUGUGGAGAUUCUGAUGGCAAUCUUCGAGUACAGAAAACUUCCCAACUGAGGACCUGGUUUGAUUUUGGAACCUUGGUUCUAGACAUAUUUCUGCACAUUCCAUUGAGUCACUUUAUCUGUGAUGAUUGCAUGACAACCCUUUGAUCUGCAUCAAUUAUUUUAUUUACCUGGAUUUAAUCAUGGUGGUCCACUUAAGUAAAUAUUAGAUUAUGCUAAUAUAUUUAAAUAUUAUUAUUAUUAUCAUUAUGCAUGUGUAUCUCAUGGAGCUGCACGUUUUGAGUUGUAAAAUUUCAAGGUCAACAUCAUCCUUCAAGGUCUAGGGUCAAAAACACAAAGUCAAGGGAAGUAAUAAGCUUUAAAUGGACAUAGUUAUCUGACCUGCCCACGUAUAUAUUUUUGUUAAAUAAAUCAAAGCGGCGCAUUAGGCGGCAUUGUGUUUCUGACAAACACAUUGUGGUAAAAGUUCAAGGUCAUCCUUUACGAUCUACGGUAAAAAUGCAAAUUUAAGGGAAGUAAGCAGCUUUAAAAAGGGAGAAAAUUAUUCAAUAUUGAACAAAGCCACUUUAUAUAUUUGGCAUGCAUCUGUAUCUCAUGGCGCUGCACAUUUCGAGUGGUCAAUCUCAGUCAAGGUAGUGGCUUUUAAUUAUUUGCUACUAAAAAUAGAGAUUUGUUAGAGACAAUUAUUUUCAAGGGAAGUAAUUUAUAUAAUUAUAAAUUUCAUAUUAUAUAUUUCCUUACCAAGAAUUGAAGUUCUUUUCACAGUUACUGUACAGAUUUAUUAUUUUGAUUAUUUAUAACUCAAAUGAUUGAUUUGUCAAAGUUUUUAUUUUUUAAAUGAUUCAUUAUAAUUUCAUUGAUGUUCAUUACAUACCUGUGGACUUAAUGUUGGAUUGGGCAAAAUUCAAGGCAAGUAAUAAGCUUUAAAAGGAGAUGAUUUCUAUACCUGCCAAAUGAUAAAUAGCAAUUUUAUUAGCUCAGCUGUUUUCGGAGAAAACCCGAAGUAUUGUCAUAGCCAGCUUGUUUUCCGCAGUCCGCCAUAGGCGUCGUGCUAAAACCUUAACAUUGGCUCUAAAAUCAAAGUGCUUCCACCUACAACUAUAACAAUUUGUAUGUAGAUGCACCUUGAUGAGUUCUACACGCCACACCCAUUUUUGGGUCACAAGGUCAAGGUCACUGUGGCCUCUAAUAUAAAACUUUAACAUAGGCUCUAAAAUCAAAGUGCAACUUUGAAACUUCAUAUGUACAUGCACCUUGAUGAGUUCUACACGCCACACCCAUUUUUUGGUCACUAGGUCAAAGGUCAAGGUCACUGUGACCUCUAAUAUAAAACUUUAACAUAGGCUCUAAAAUCAAAGUGCUUCCACCUACAACUUUGAAACUUUAUAUGUAGAUGCAUCUUGAUGAGUUCUUCACGCCACACCCAUUUUUUGGUCACUAGGUCAAAGGUCAAGGUUACUGUGACCUCUAAUAUAAAACUUUAGCAUAAACCUGUACAUGUGCUCUAAAAUCAAAGUGCUUCCACCUACAACUUUGAAACUUCAUAUGUAGAUGCACCUUGAUGAGUUCUACACGCCACACCCAUUUUGGGUCACUAGGUCAAAGGUCAAAGUCACUGUGACCUCUAAACAAAAAAUAAUCUGACAAGCUUUCGCAGCCAAGCGUGGCACCUGUAAUGCGGUGCUAUUGUUGUACUUUAUGUUCAAUUGAUGAUAAAUAAUUAUGAAACUGACAUAUUUUGCCCAUGGAAAGGAGAAAGUUAUUUACAGUAUUGAAUUUUAACCUUUAAGUUUUAAUUCUGUCUUUUCAGGAUUUGAAAAAUGUAUAAAAAAAAGCAUAUUCUCAUCAAAGCUUACAUUUCGUUUCCUUUUAAUAUUUAUUCCAAAAUUAUUUUAUUGUGCUUGAAAUCCAAGCAGAUUAUUUAUAAAACAAAUCAAAAUGAAAAAAAAAAUCCAUUGCUUUUGGAAAUUACUUGUUUUCCCAAAUUUAUGUGAUAUGUGUUUUGUGUUAACAGUAUGACAACUUGAAAUCAGUCAUUCUGUGAGAAAAUGGGGCUUAAAACACUUGCAUAGUGUCUUUCCAAGUUUAAGUUUGUGCAGUCCACGCAGGCUAAUAAUAAUAAUCAGAUUUUAUUAUCGUUGCGUUUUAGACACUUCUGUGAUAAAUCUAUAAACACUUCAUUGAUAUUUUAGAUAUUGUUAUUUUGUUUCUAUGUUUUGUAUCUUUAAGCAUAUGUAUACUUGUUUUUUCUCCAUGUAUUUAUACCAUUGCUUUUCCUUUAUGAACAUGUAUUAUAGUCUUUUCUUUAAGUACAUAUAUGAUUGUUUUAUUUCCAUGUACAUGUAUUUUUUAUAUAGCUGUUUUAUGUCUGCAUUUGUAUAAGGUUGUCUACGAACAUUCAUAAUCUUAACAGUUUUUGAAAGAUAUUUGCAAUUUAGAUUUUAAUAAGGGUAAGGAUUUUUGUAUAAAUUAUUUUCUUUUAGUCAUUGUCUAUAAAAACUUUCUUAAUCUUUUAUUAUAACUUUUAUUGGCAUGUAUUUCACACUGGCUUUAUAAUUCCAUCAAUUCUUCAUGAUAAAAAUGUGUUUGUGUCCUUCCGAACUCAAAUGAGAAAUCUAAAAGCUCCUAAAAUCUGAAUAGAGAUGUUAAGUAUUUUUUAUUUAUUUAUUGUUUCAAUCAAAAUAGUAAAUUAUUCUAAAGGCAUCAGGGUAAUUAAAAGCAUAUGGUGAUAUAUGAUACACAUUUACAUAUCAGAGAAUAGGGUAUUAUGUUUAUGGCAUAAUUAACAAGGUUUAAAUUGUUGUUACUUAUAAACAUUGUUGAAGAAUUAAAAUUAAUAAAAUAUUGAUAAUAAUAAAAAAAAGGUAUGAAAAUUACAUCACUUAUUUUUUAAGACACCCUAAGUUGAUUCAGUAUAUUUACAUCUAUUUAUGUAUUCAAGAAAAAAAGUAAUUUUGUCAAAUAUUCAGUUGUUUGUAUCGUGCUGCAAAUGUUUUUAUUCCGAUCCAUUUGUGUCUUUUAUUGUUGAAGUAUUGUCUAGUCUUUUUAGCUCACCUGAGAACAACGUGCUCAUGGUGAGCUAUUGUGAUCGCCUUUUGUCCGUUGUGCGUCGUCAACAUUUACCUUGUUAACACUCUAAAGGUUACAUUUAUUGUCCAAUCUUCAUGAAACUUGGUUUGAACAUGUGUCUCAAUAAUAUCUUGGACAAGUUCGAAAAUGGUUCCGGUUGGUUGAAAAACAUGGCUGCCAGGGGGCGUGGCAGUUUUCCUUAUAUGGCUAUAGUAAACCUUGUUAACACUCUAAAAGUCACAUUUUUAGUCCAAUCUUCAUGAAACUUUGUCAGAACAUGUUGCCCAAUAAUAUCUUGGACGAGUUAGAAAAUGGUUCCGGUUGGUUGAAAAACAUGGCCGCCAGGGGGCGUGGCAGUUUUCCUUAUAUGGCUAUAGUAAAACCUUGUUAACACUCUAGAAGUCACAUUUUUAGUCCAAUCUUCAUGAAACUUUGUCAGAACAUGUGUCCCAAUAAUAUCUUGGACGAGUUCGAAAAUGGUUCCGGUUGGUUGAAAAACAUGUCCGCCAGGGGGCAUGGCAGUUUUCCUUAUAUGGCUAUAGUAAAACCUUGUUAACACUCUAGAAGUCACAUUUUUAGUCCAAUCUUCAUGAAGCUUUGUCAGAACAUGUGUCAUAAUAAUAUCUUGGACGAGUUCGAAAAUGGUUCUGGUCGGCUGAAAAACAUGGCCGCCAGGGGGCAUGGCAGUUUUCCUUAUAUGGCUAUAGUAAAACCUUGUCAACACUCUAGAAGUCACAUUUUUAGUCCGAUCUUCAUGAAACAUGGUCAAAACAUGUGUCCCAAUAAUAUCUUGGACUAGUUUGAAAAUGGUUCAAGUUGAAUAAAAAACAUGGCCGCCAUUGGGCGGGGCAGUUUUCCUUAUAUGGCUUUACUGUAUGGUAAAACCUUGUUAACACUCUAGAAGUCACAUAUGUGGUCCAACGCUUAUGAAACUUGGUCAGAAUAUUUGAACUAAUAAUAUCUGGGCUAAGUUCAAAAAUGGUUGAGAUCCGUUAAAAAAAACAUGGCCGCAAGGGGGCGUGGCAUUUUAGCUUAAAUGGCUAUUUACUACAAAACCUUGUUAACACUCUAGAAGUCACAUUUAUUAUCCAAUCUUUAUGAAACUUGAUCAGAACAUUUGUUCUAACAAUAGCUCGAGUGAGUUUGAAAAUGCUUAUGGUUCAUUGAAAAACAUGGCUGCCAGGGUGGGGGGGGGGGGCAGUUGUCCUUAUAUGGCUUUAGUGAAAACUUGUUGACGCUAUAUUAGCCACAUUUAUUGGCCAAUCUUCAUGAAACUUAGUCAGAACAUUUGUCCCAAUGAAAUUUUGCCAGAGAUUGAAGCUGGGUCAUAUGAGCUCAAAAACUAGGUCACAAGGUAAAAAAAAACAUGUUAAAAGUCACUUUUUUGGUCCAAAAUAAUCUUCAUGAAUCAGCUUGCAUUUUUUUCAGAAUAGUCUAGUUCAUUUGGCUUUCAGGUGAGCGCCUUAGGGCCUGAUGGCCCUCUUGUUAUUCUAAUAACCUGUUCUUCCAUGUGUGUUAAUUCUAAAAACUAUUAGCAAGAAAAUCAUACAUCCAGUAUGCAGGGAAUAUUUGGUCUUAUAUUAUAAUAUGUGUUAUCAUGUUGUUUUAAUUACCGGUAUUCAACAUUUCUGGCAAUAUUGUCAUUGUUGUUUUUGUAGUUUGAAGUAAAGUAAGGCUGCCGAAAUGAAUGAGCCAAGAUCAGGGAAAACCAGUCUAAAUGCAUCUGAGUCAAGUGUCAUUACAGAUUAGUCUGGUACGACACGUUACGCUCAUGCGUUUAGCCGCAUUUUCCAUGUGGGCGGCUCAUAUUAAUAAUACAAUUUAUGCAAAUAAUUCAAGAGAUGAAUGGUUCUGUUGGCUUUUUAGUAUUGUAAGCAGUUGAUAUUUUUAGCUACCUGUACUUCUUGUUCAUUUUUUCUUUGGAGGGACAAUAAGUAUCCAUUUUCAAAUGUUCUAGUAUUUUGAUCUGUUACAUUCACACUAUUGCAUAUACUGUAUAUUUUAUUAGGUUGCAAUGAAAUUGCCGAACAUGUAUAGAUGUUAAAAAAAUAAAUUAAACUUUUUGUGUUUUUUUGUUAUAAUACAUGAGAUUUUUAAAUGGAAGAGGGGGUCAGAUGAGAAAUAGAAAGUUUUUAAUAUGAAUGAAUUGAAUUGUGAAUUGGCAUAAUUCAAUUCAUUCCUAUUUAAAAAAAAAACAAUUGGGUUAAUUAAUAGCUCAAUAUUGUAUUAGCAUGGUGUAGCAUUGAGGUAUGUACAGUUAGAAUAAGACUUUAUCCUUGAUAGUUAUGUCAUUGGAAUAAAAGUGUUCAUGCUAAUAUAUUCAUGGUGUUAUCUGUUUUGGAAAUACAUACCAUUAUUGUACAUUUUGUACUAAAAUCACUUUUAUUUGAAAUUGUGUAUGCAGUUGUCAAUUCUAAUCAUAAUUUGGUUUAUUUCUUGAUAUCAAAUAUUUUAUAACAUGUUAAAUAAUUGUAUACAAAAUAUUACCAAUUAAAUGUUUUAGGUCAUAUUAUGAUUUACAAUAAUAAUUUGUUUGUAAUGUAUAGUUUUUUAUGUGUUCUAGUGUGGAUCUGAUAUUAUGAAUCCGUCCAAGCACAACAGUUUUGCAAUGCACUUAUAUCUAUACAGUUCAGACAGAAAGAUUUUAACCGCAGCUUGCAAAAAUGGGUCUUAUGUCAUGUUCAGCCAGCAUAGCCCCACACCAGCUUGCACUAAUUUGCAGUCUGAUCAGGAGAUUGUUACAGAAAAUCACUCAAGGUUCCAUAUAUUUCUUUUUAUUUUCUGGUCAAUUACCGCUUUGAUAAUGUUAAAAGAAUCACUGGGGUCCAAGUUUGUCAGAAAUCGAUUUUAAUAUUAAUUACUUCAAGACCAUUUAUACAUUUUCAUUUUGCCCAUUCGGCUUUCAGCAAUACAAUCUAAUUGGAAUGAACAAUCAUGCAAUAUUAUUUUAUGUAUUAUUUUUAUCAUAACUGGUUAUUUGCUACACGAUUUUGCUCACCAUAUGUUAUUUAUGUCCUUUGUUUCCUUAAAUUUAGUUUGUACUUACACUGGGUUGAGAGAAUUGCUUAUCUAGCAUAAGGGUACAUGUUUUGCUAUCAGAUAACAUUUUACCUCAGUUUGCUAUUUUGAAAUAAGAUUAAUGAAAUUUCAUUCCUAAAAGUUCUAAAAACUCAGAAUGGACAACUUCUUAUUUCAUAAUCAUGUUUAAGUUUGAAAAGUGCUAUGAGAAAACUAGGCUUAAUAUGUGUGAUUAAAGUGUUGUCCCAGAUUAUCCUGUGCAGACUGCAAUUAUGACUAUCCGCUUUCAUGGAAUUUUUUGUUUAAAAAAAAGUGACUUGUUGACCAAAAUCCCGUCUAGGCAGAAAGUGUGACUGCACAUGCUAGUCAGGGAUGGCACUUUUUUUUACAUGCAGUAAGCCCAAUUUUCCCACAGACCUUCUCAUUGCAUCCAUACAGUAUAAGUUUUUAAUAUUCCUGUUUGAUGUAUUUAUUCGGAGCUAUUAGAGAUGUUUUAUUUACUGUAUAUAUGUCAGCUUUAGUCUUGUGUUUAUGUAGAAGCUGUGUUUUCACAGAAUUUGUCAUAUAGAUCUAAAGACCUGUUACACUACAUCAUCAAAAGAAAUGUAAUAGUAAUUAAAUUGAUAAUCAUCAUAUACAUGAUUUGCUUCAUCAGAAUUGAAUGUUUAAAACAUUACAAUAGGAAGGGCACUCUUGACAAUGUUUGUGACAUUUUUCCCAUAGGUAUUGAGCAUGUCUAAGCUACUGUAUCUUCACAAAGUAGCAAUUUUUGUUAGUAUAUGUAUGUUUAAUAAGCGCACACUGGUGUGAUUAAUCUUUAAGUUGAAAGGAAUUUACAUUUAAAUGCACCAUAAACAUCACAGCUUUGUAACUUUUUAAAUGUUGUUGUUUCAAUUUGCACAACCACUAGCUCAUUAAAUAUAUCCAAAAUGUCA